AUGGGGAGAUUAUCUCUGCAGGACAAGAAAGACGCAAAUGUCUUCAAUGUGACCAUACGCAACCUGACACCAAAGGAUGCAGGGAUAUACAUAUGUGCAGUGACCGUAUUUAAAACACUGUAUAUAACCAGAGUGAAGCUCACAGUGGAGUUGAGUUGUGUGAGGUAUGAGAUCACUGUGACAGGAUAUGAGGGAGAAGAUGCUGUCAUCAACUGCCCAUAUCCAAAGAGUAAUGAGGCCUACCCAAAGUACCUACUGAAAGGAGAGUGUAAUGAUGUUGUUGAAAUCAUCUGGUCCACACACUGGAAAGAAUGGACCCACAAAAAGAGAGUAUCUUUGCAGAACAAUACAAACAGACACAUCCUCACUGUGACCAUACAUAGCCUGACACCAAAGGAUGCAGGGAUAUAUAGGUGUGGGAUUGAUGAACAAGGUACCCAUUUCUUCACCAGAGUGAAACUCAUAGUAGCAACCCAACCACUCUCCCACAUCACAGAGCCUGAGAGGACCACACGCUUUCAGUCUGAUCCCACAUCAGCUGCAUCAGGCGAUCAUCUUGUUCCUCUGUCUGGAGGCCUGGUUUCAGCUGUGGUGAUGUUUGCUGUGGUUGUAGUGGCCUAUAGACUGAUGAAGAGCAGAGUCAAUAGGAAGCAGGGACCCAUGUGUGGGCUCCGAAAUACAGCCUACAUCUCCACAUGCCACUGAUGAACCCAACCAGAGUGACCAAAGGAGCAGUCCAGCACUGACCUCCAUCUACGCCCUGGUACAUUC